GGUGUUGUCGUGUCAGGAGUGAAAGGAGACACAGUGGGAGGUGUGUGGUGUCAGCAGUGAAUGGAGACACAGUGGGAGGUGUUGUGGUGUCAGCAGUGAAUGGAGACACAGUGGGAGGUGUGGUGGUGUCAGCAGUGAAUGGAGACACAGUGGGAAGUGUUGUAGUGUCAGGAGUGAAAGGAGACACAGUGGGAGGUGUUGUGGUAUCAGCAGUGAAAGGAGACGCAGUGGGAGGUGUGGUGGUGUCAGAUGUGAAAGGAGACAGUGGGAGGUGUUGUGGUGUCAUGAGUGAAAGGAGACACAGUGGGAGGUGUUGUGGUGUCAGCAGCGAAAGGAGACACAGUGGGAGGUGUGGUGAUAUCAGGUUUUACUGUUGUGUUCUUUUCCCUCCCCAGGAGUGACUGUGUACUCCACUGUGGGGGGGUCAGUGGGUCUGCCCUGUGAGAAUCUGAAAGAGAUGAACAGAUCGUCUAUUGUGUGGGUCUUCAGUCAAAAUCCAGGGGCACCCAUCUUCCUGAGCAAAGAUAAGACGAUCACAGUCAGAGACCCAGAGAGAGCAGGGAGGCUGCGUGUGGGGGCAGACUGGUCUCUACACAUCAGAUCUCUCUGGCCUCAGGACUCUGGACUGUACACCUGUGUGCAGUACGUCAGUGGAGAGUAUCAUCGAUCUGGGACAACGGCCACUCUCUACCUGCUCUCCUUGACAGCCUCUCCCUCUGGGAACUUGCGGACCGGUAGUAUGCUGACCCUCAGGUGUGGGCUGGACUGUGGAGCUGGACUGGGAAGCUGCUUGGAGACUCCCGAGGGACUGACUAUGUCCUGGUGGAGAGAUCCGGAUCUCGUGCGGAAGGUGGAGAUGGGCAGAUCCCAGAUCAGAGAUUUCAGGACAUACAGUCAGCUCUCAGUGACUCUGCAGAGAUCAGAUCACAACAAGAACUGGGUCUGUGCGCUGCUGAAAGGAACCGAGCUCAAGACCUACGAUACCUUCACCGCUGUACUCACAGAUUUCACCCAGGACCUGUACAGCAGUGUGGGAGGAUUCCUGCAGCUGCCCUGUGUGGACACUGUCCGUCUGGGACGAGGGGACAGACUGCAGUGGAGCUUCAGAAGAUCUGGCACCAUCACCUACCAUGCCCUGUUCACAUUACUGGGGAACGGAAGUCGGAUCACGGGGAUGGAGGUGGACGGGGACAGAGUGGACAUGACGGUCAACUCCUCCCUGCUGAUACGCAGCGUCCAGACGGGGGACAGCGGAGUCUACCUGUGUCUCCAGAACAAGGACAACCUUCAGGAGAUCCACCUCAACACCUUGUCAGGUCAGGAGCCUCUGCCCUCACUGUAAUUUGUCCUUUGGAUCCUGCUGCUGGUCAUCUGUGUUCAUCCGAGUGCGGAUUGUGUCCUGACAGACAUGAGCUACCGGCUGCAGUCAUAUCGUCCUCUUUGUUUAUGUCUGUUGUGGGAGGACCAGGGGAAGGGUCAUUUAUAUCCUGUGUCCUGAUGUAGCUCGCCCGUGUCUCCUUGCAUAGGCCUUUUCCAGCAGCGGGUCAGCUGGUACUCCUGAGCUAUAGAUGGCGGCCAUCUUGCUCAGGUCUAUAUCGAGUCUAUUAAGCGUUUCGUUCCGGAAAUACAGGUUCUAAAUGA